AUGGAGGAGCGACUAUGUCAGAUCGGCUGGAAAAAGCGCAAAUGGCUGAUCGGGAAAGACAACGUUUUGCCGCCUGCAGGAAAAGGUGUCAUCUGCGACAUCAACGUGGGAAAUGCGAGGUCCGUGGCACAGCGCGUCUGGAAGAUCUCGUCGCAAAUUCGGAAGAAACUGGCGGAUUUUAUUCGAGGACUCCUUCGCGUGCGCAUGAUCCCCGCGUCGAAGUCGCCGUGGGAUUCUUCCUUCAUCGUCAUCGUGCAGAAGAAUGGGGUUGACAUCAGACUCCGCGUCAACUAUCGACUAGUCAAUGGCUGA